GCUUUGAUUUUUAUGAAAAUAAAACAAGCAGCACAACAAAAUAAUAUAAAAUUAUAAGAAUUGAUAACAUAAUUGGUACCGAGUCUUUGAAUAUUAACCAAUCGAAGAGUUCUCUUUCUUUAAUAGUGGUUUGUUUUCGAGCAAAGAAGCACGCUGUGUUGUUGACUGUGAUAGUGAAAACCAGUUUAGAUUUAAAUAUGUUUAUAGUAACGUCAUUCAUUUAUAGCCUAGUAAUAUUUACACAACUUUUAACUCGACAAGCCGAUGCAGGUGUAAACUUUUAUUCUACUAAAAAUACAGUGUCUACUCACGAACCUACUCCAUAUGACCUCGUAAAACCAAUCAUCUACGAUAAACGCCUGACCACAAAGCUAGGACCAAAAGGAACACAACACCAUCCAGACCGCUUGACUAUUGACCUUCCUUUAAACAACGAAAAACUAACUUUAGAUUUAACUUUAAACAAACAAUUAAUUGCGGAAGGAUACUUCCGAAAGACUCAAGAAAAUGGAAUCGACAAUAUUGACAAACCGUCUGUUGACGAAAUGCAGUUUUGCCACUACACAGGCGCCGUACGAAAUAAACCAAACUCUUGGGUAGCUAUAUCUACAUGUGACGGUUUAUCUGGUGUUAUUCAUGUUGGAACCGAAACGCUGUAUAUCGAAACGAAGAAAAACGGAGAAGAUAAUGAACACGUUGUCUAUAGUCAGAAAGAUUUGGGUCAAGACUACCAUGGUUGCGGUUUCACAGACUCGGUACACAACAAACACAAAUUAUUAAGGAAUAGAAGAGAUACAACGCAAAAUAUUACCACAAUUCGAGGACCACAGAGUGCCAAUACCGCAUCUAGGUAUCUCGAACUACUACUAGUAAUAGACAAUGAAAAAUAUGUAGAAAUGGGAAGCAGCGUCGAAAAGGUUGAACAGUUUUCUAAAAACGUCGCCAAUAUAGUACAUGGGCUAUACUUGCCUUUGAACAUCUUCGUAGCGCUCGUAGGAGUAGUUAUUUGGACGGAGAAAGACGAAAUAGAAUUUUCCACAGAUGGUGACAACACAUUAAACAAAUUUUUAGACUACAGACGCCACAAUCUAGUAGUGCAGCAUCCCAACGAUAACGCUCAAUUAAUAACAAAUAAGAUUUUUGCUAACGGAAUUGUGGGAAAAGCAUUAAAAGGACCCAUAUGCACUGAGGAAUAUUCAGGGGGUAUCUCUAGUUAUCACUCGCGAGUUAUUGGUGCCGUGGCCACUACCGUAGCGCAUAUGAUUGGACACAAUUUCGGAAUGGAACACGACAACGAGACCUGCUCUUGUCCAGAUGAACAGUGCAUCAUGGGUGUUAAAACAACUUCGAAAGUACCAACACACUGGUCAUCGUGCAGUGUCCAAAAGUUAAAAGACGCCUUCGCACAUGGUAUGGACCACUGCUUGAGGAACAAACCCAGUUCGCUUCUUAAAGGUCCCGUCUGUGGCAACGGAUUUCUGGAAGAUGGGGAGGAGUGCGACUGUGGUCUUCCAGAGUACUGUACUAACAACUGCUGCGAUGCGGAGACGUGUAAGCUGAAGGAGAAUGCCACAUGUGCUACAGGAGAGUGUUGUGAUAUUAAAACUUGCAGUUUGAAGAAAGCUGGGAUGACGUGUCGGCGAUCUUCCACUGAAUGCGACCUAUCCGAGUAUUGUUCAGGCAUAAGUGAAUACUGCCCUAGAGACGUAUAUAAACUAGACGGUGAAAUCUGCAGAGAUGGUAAUGGGUACUGCUACGAAGGCUCUUGUGGUACACAUUCUGACCAGUGUAAACUUUUGUGGGGACCUACCGGAGAACCAUCAUCUCCAGAAUGCUUUAAAUUAAAUGUGAAAGGGUACCGCCAUGGGCACUGCGGUUACAACCGUGUAAACAGCACGUACAUUAAAUGUAACCAAGAAGAUGUUGAAUGUGGUGCCCUUCAAUGUAAGCACAAUAACGAUCGUCUCGAAUAUGGACUAGAAGCAACUUCUAUACUCAGUCAUAGUUAUAUUAAAUCUAAAGAUUUAAUUCUGGCAUGCAAAACUGCCACUGUGGAUUUGGGUUUGGACAGUUCAGAUCCUGGUAUGGUGCCCAGUGGUGCUAAAUGUGGGAAUAAAGAAGAACGAAAGAUGUGUGUAAAUCAAAAGUGUGUGUCAGUUGCUUCAAUACAAGAAGGGAGGAAGUGCCCUCAUAAUUGUUACAACAACGGCUACUGCAAUAAUUUGGGACACUGUCAUUGUGAUGUUGGAUUUCUUCUUCCACAUUGUCAGUAUUUGUCGCCUGGAGGUUCUGUGGAUAGUGGACCUGCAUAUCUUUUUUCAGAUGGAUUAAUUUUAUUGUAACAAAAGGGAGACUCUAUCAAGGAAUAUUAAAAUUUAUUUAGUUCA